GCCGCCACUCCUCUUAUUUUCAGCGAUGAACCAACCAACCAGCCUCCUCCCCUCGAUCUACGAGAUCCACAGCUCCUCCGGCCCUGCAGCAACCUCGCCGGAGCACCGAAUCAGGAUGCUCCCGCGCCAUGGCAUCAUAUGGAGCUCUGGAGCCGCCAUGGCCGACACCUCCCAGGGUGCUCUUUGCAGCCUUCCGUCCAUUCUGUCUCGUGCCAGACCUCGCCAGACCACUUCAUCCAUGGCGCCGCCCUCGCCUCAUCUCGAUCCGGCGGAUCCGAACGCCAAGUCCCUGCCCUCCAGGAGCUCCUGCCGCGUCGCGUCGCCGCCAUUGCCUGUUAUCGCACCGCCGGCCACUUGUUCUACUCUACUCGGGAUCGAGCAAGUCCAGUCGCCCGCCUCCUCUGCUUAGCGCGUUGACUGCGCCGCUGUUGGCCUCGUCCUGGACCUCCUCUGCAUUGACCCAAAUCAGGCGCCCGUAUUGACCCCGCCUUCGGCCAUGAAUCCGAUGAGGACCGGCUGCCCCUCGCCCAGAACUGGCUGCCUAGCUCGCCUGGUGUCGUCCCGCUGUGCAGUGCCCGCUGCUGAGUCCCUGCACCACCGCUCUUGGUCUACCUCGCGACCCCCUGCUAGUGCUCCUGCCUCCUCUUCGCCUUCGUCUUUGACAUCUCGGUCGGAUCCGCCGCUGCAGCUGUUACCUGCUUCCCACCGAUCCUCACUCCUGCUGCCAUGCGACCAUGGCACCACUAGAGGAGUGCUGCCUCCUCUGCUCCUCGAGUGAGCGCUGCCGCCUCGCAUUGACCAAACCGCACCAAGCCAUGCACGCAUCAGUUGCGUGGGCUUCAUCACCCAGCCAGCUCCUGCACCGAACGGGCCAAGGCCCACUAGGUGAAGCCACACCCCCAGCGCCUCCUUUUUUCCUUUCUCUGUACUGUUUGGGCCAGCCAGUUUCGGCCCGUGAUGGUUUUUUUAGAUCUGCGAUUUUAGCAAUUAUCUAGAGAGCGCCAGUUUUACA